AUGACGAUAUCGUAUAAUUUGGAUGUGGCGUCGGCCUCAUCUCUUAAUUUUUUUCGUCUUGUGUUUCGCUGGAAGGGCAGCAUUUGGAAGCUGUGCCUGAAGGAGCUCUGCAUAUGGACGGUGCUCUUCCUUAUCAUCACAUUCAUCUACCGAACACCAUAUUUUUUGUCCAACGAUCAAAAAGUAGCGUUCGAGAAUCUGAUGAAUUAUUUCAACAGUCAUCUUACCUAUAUUCCACUGACAUUCAUGCUUGGAUUUUUUGUACAAAUCGUUGUGCGACGGUGGUCGGUGCUUUUCCAGAACAUGGGCUAUGUGGAAAGUACUUCGAUGUAUAUAGGUGGAUAUGUGUAUGGCGAGGACGAUGAGUCACGUUUAUGGCGCCGAACAAUGGCUCGGUAUUUAUGCUUGACGCAGUUGCUUGUCUAUAGGGACAUAAGUGUACGCGUAAGAAAGCGCUUCCCCACUUACGACAGCAUAAUUAAAGCUGGAUUCAUGCUGGAGAACGAAAGAGAAAUGCUAGAUUCGAUCCAUUUGAAUUUCGAUAAAUACUGGGUACCAAUCAACUGGAUCUAUGCACUGAUUUUUCGGGCUCGUAAUAGUGGAAAAAUUGUCAGCGAUUCCUUCACAAACAAACUCUGCGACGAAAUCAAAAAUUUCCGCUACAAUAUUCAGAUGCUGUGUAACUAUGACUGGGUACCAAUUCCUCUGGCAUACCCGCAGGUAACUUUAACGAAUUUUAUCAUUAACACUGCUUUUUAUGCAUCCCUGUUGUUUCAGAGCAUCUUUACGUUAAAAAGCGCAACACUGUAA